AUGGUGAGAGACAAAGUCAUCGUCGGCGUCGUUGACUCAGGAAUAUGGCCCGAGUCUGAAUCAUUCAAGGACAAUGGUCUUGCACUACCAAAAUGUUGGAAAGGAAGCUGUGAGUCAAAACAGAGUUUCAACGGCUCAACCGUUUGUAACAGAAAACUGAUUGGCGCCAAAUACUUCAUCAGUGGCUUACUUGGCGGCGCCGACGAAAGCAACUGGAACACCACUGAGAAUCCAGAAUACGUCUCUCCAAGAGACUUCAACGGUUACGGGACCCACGUGGCUGCAACCGCUGCUGGCUCAUUCGUCCCGGACGCGAGCUACUUAGCUCUCGGAGGAGGAAUCGCUAGAGGUGGUGCGCCUAGAGCCCGUGUAGCUAUGUACAAGGCUUGUUGGCACUUAGCCUCUAUAGGAACAGCGACUUGUUCAGCUGCAGAUAUGUUGAAAGCAAUAGACGAAGCGAUACAUGAUGGUGUAGACGUUUUGUCGAUCUUGACAUCGUUCCCGGUUCCUCUGUUUCCGGAAGUUGACGCUCGAGACGCUAUGGCGGUUGGAGCUUUUCACGCGGUUGCGAAAGGGAUUCCGGUCGUGUGUUCCGGUGGAAACGCUGGUCCUGCUUCUCAAACCGUAACCAACACCGCUCCUUGGGUCAUUACCGUUGCUGCAACCACUCAAGAUCGGUCUUUUCCCACACUUAUUACACUUGGCAACAAUGUUACAAUUGUGGGCCAAGCAUUGUAUCAAGGUCCAGAUAUGGAUUUCACUGGUCUAGUUUACCUUGAAGGUCCAGGAUCAAGCAACGCGACAUUUUCUGGGUCACCUGUCGCUAAGAUUCAACCAACAAGAACGUUGGCUGGACUCCCUGUGGCAACAAAGGUCGCGACUUUCUCAUCGAGAGGACCUAGUUCCAUCUCUCCUGCAAUUCUCAAGCCUGAUAUUGCAGCACCUGGAGUGAACAUACUCGCAGCUACUUCUCCAAAUGAUACAUUCUACGACAGAGGAUUCACUAUGAAAUCAGGAACAUCGAUGCCUACUCCUGUUGUUGCAGGAAUAGUAGCACUCCUUAAGUCUCUCCACCCUCAUUGGUCUCCUGCCGCUAUUAGAUCCGCCAUUGUCACUACAGCUUGGAGAACAGACCCAUCAGGUGAACCCAUUUUUGCAGACGGGUCAAACCGCAAAUUAGCUGAUCCAUUUGACUACGGAGGAGGCGUUGUGAACUCAGCGAAAGCCGCAAAACCCGGUCUUGUUUACGAUAUGGGAGUCAACGAUUAUGUUCUCUACUUGUGCUCUGUUGGUUACACGGAUUCAUCCAUUACUAGACUUGUCCGCAAGAAGACGGUUUGUGCAAACCCUAAACCUUCUGUUCUUGAUCUCAACUUGCCUUCAAUAACACUCCCAAACCUUGGAAAAGAAGUAACUAUCACUAGAACUGUUACCAACGUUGGACCAGUACAAUCGGUUUAUAAAGCUGUAAUUGAGGCUCGGAUGGGUGUAAACGUGACGGUGAGACCGAGGACAUUAGUGUUCAACGCUAAGACCAAGAAGCUCUCAUUCAAGGUUAGAGUAUUGACGAACCAUAGAGUAAACACUGGUUACUAUUUUGGAAGCUUGACCUGGACUGACUCUGUGCAUAAUGUGAUCAUCCCUGUGUCUAUCAGAACUCAGAUCUUGCAGCGUUAUUAUGACGAGAACUGA